AUGGCGACAGUCCCGGUGAACCCCAAGCCGUUCUUGAAUGACCUCACCGGGAAGCUGGUGCUCACGAAGCUGAAGUGGGGGAUGGAGUACAAGGGCACGCUGAAGUGCGCCUUCCUUCUGAGUGUUCCUGGCCUCGAGACUUGGAGCUGCAUGUUCCCGGUUCAUGUCUCCGACACAGCUGUUUGGCCGAGAGAGCGGAUGGCAACUGAGAGCAAGGACAAGACUGUAGCCAUUUUCGUGGACUUGGCCAAGAGGCCGAUUGUCACUACCGACCUCAUCCACGGUACCGGAGAGCUGCUCUAUGACAUCUACUCGGCAGCCUACCAGAAGUUCUUGGCCCACCAUGUUGAGAAACAUGGCAAGACGGUGCGGGAUGCGAUUGAGCCGAUGAUCCCGCCGGAUCCUGUUGGGGACCUGUGCCUGAAGGUGGGUGUGGAGAAGCAGGAGAUCUUUAAGCGGGUGGACUCAGCGGCGGAGCUGGCCAGCACGGCCCGGGAGACAGCGCAGGCGCACGGCUCCAAAGUCUAUUCCAUGCUGUCACAAGGUUCGCGUGGCCAGUUUGGCGAAGGGUUCGGCUGGGUGUGCCAGGAUGAGUAG